GCGGUCGUUAUGUCAGUAGCUGCGGCUCUGGAGAGUUGGCAGUUCCCGAAGGAAAGUGUGAGGUGCUGGUGCUGCUAUACCCGGGCCUUGCAGUCAUGUUCGGCAGCCUGCUGAGGGACUUCGACGACGACUCUUUCUUUUCAGAUCCAUUCAUUGCACACCAAGAACAUGUCAGGCAGAUGAUGAGAAGUUUCUCUGAUCCUUUUGGACGUGAUCCAUUUCUUAGUAUCACAGAUGGCCGAUCUCGGGGUCGGAGAGGGCAGCCAGGGUCCCAGGUGGCUCUGAGAGAAGAUCACAGGGCUUCCAGCCUCAGCUCUAUGCCUACUGACAGUUUUACUGGAAUGAGUUCAGACUUCAGAGAUGUUUUCCACUCCAUGGAUAGUAUGAUGGCAAACAUGCGCAACAGAAUGAGAGAUAUGCACAGAAAUGUUGAAGGAGAUCCUUGUACUCACUCAUUUAGCUCAUCAUCAGUAAUGACAUAUUCCAAAACAGGAGAUGAACCAGCAAAGGUUUUCCAAGCUUCAAGUCAGACACGGAGAGCUCCGGGAGGCAUAAAAGAGACAAAGAAAGCUGUAAGAGAUUCUGAAAGUGGAAUUGAGAAAAUGGCUAUUGGUCAUCACAUCCAUGACAGAGCCCACAUUAUCCAGAAAAGUAGGAAUCACAAAACAGGGGAUCAAGAACUCAACCAAGAAUUCCUCAAUUUGGAUGAAGCUGAAGGGCCAUCUUUUGAUAAUGAAUGGCAAAGAGAGGUUUUAAAGAUUAAGUCAUUUCCAGGAAAUGCAGUAGAAGCUCCAAAACACAGAACUGUUAAACAUAUACCAAGCAAAAGCCAGCCGCAGUUGCCAGCAAGGGAGAAGUGAGACUCGGCACCAGUCACCUAAAAGCUGAAGUGUUCCAGCCAAUGGUGUGAAACCAUCUUGUGCAAGGAGAUCACUAAAUAAAUGAUUGAGACAUGCACAUGAGUUUCCUCUGCAUUUUUUGGAUGAGCUAUCUGUUCUGGACUCUUAUGUUGGAGGUGUCUCACCACUCUGUAGACAUCUAUAUCUACAUAAUAAGAAAUUGCAUAGAUUUUGUAGCAGUAACGCCUUGGGCAUUGACAUUAAUAGGUGGCUAUGAUGCAAAGAAAAUGUGUGGAAGUGUGUAUUUAUAUAUAUAUAUAUAUAGAGAGAGAGAAAUAUAUAUAUUGCACAGUUCAUGGAAAGAUAAGCUAGCACAGCAUGUUUGUAAGGUAAUGUGUACAAUUAUUUGUAAAAAGAUUUCUAAUUAAACUGGUUAAAUAUUUAUCUCAGUUAAUGCCCCCAUUAACUAUAUUAGUUGCAGAGGCUUGUAUAAUAGCUGUGUUUGCUUUAGUGGUCUAGUGAAAAUAAUUCAAUUAAAGUAAUAUUACAAAUUGUAAUUUUUUUAAAUCAUGAAUAGUCAUUGUGUUCUACAUAGUAAAUAUGCUGGAACUAAUUUUAUACAAUGAUGUAGAUUCUGUAUUGUGCAACAAUCAAAACUUAAUUGUGAUUUAAUGUUUCCAAUGAAAAUAAAUACUUUGUACGUUUA